AUGCAACUCGGUCUGACCUUUGCGCAGGACAACGUUUCUGAGAGCGCGUCCGACUACGAGAGCGUCAGGAGCGACACCACUUCUGUGACCUCCUCCAUCUUUGACUACACCUUUGAGAACGGGCAUAGGUACCAUGCGUAUCGAGCGGGCCAAUAUCUGCUGCCCAACGAUGAGUCGGAGCAGGACCGCCUCGACCUGCAGCAUCACAUCUUCACCCUGGUGCUGGGCGGCGAGCUGAUGGUGACCAACCUGGACGAGCCUCAUCGUAUCCUGGACGCGGGGACGGGCACUGGCAUCUGGGCGAUCGAAGUGGCCGACCGCUACCCGUCGGCGACAGUUCAUGGCGUGGAUCUGAGUGCCAUUCAGCCCAACUGGGUGCCUCCCAAUGUCUUGUUUGAGAUAGACGACUUGACUCAAGAAUGGACAUGGCCAGUUGACUACUUCGACUUCAUUCAUGUGCGUACGCUCGGCGGUGCAAUCAAAGACUGGCCGCAGUUUCUAGGGCAGGCACUAAAACAUCUCAAACCUGGUGGUCGAAUCGAGAUCUCCGAGAUCCGGACGCACUUCCACUGCGACGAUGGCACAUUCCCUGAUGACUGUUAUAGGUACGUUGAAAAGCAAAAAACGUUUCAUGACAUCGCUAAGAACAUCGGUUUGCAAUUCGACCAGAUGCCCUACAUGGCCGGCUGGGUACAAGAUGCCGGCUUCACCGAGGUCAAGGAGCACGAAAGACUCAUCCCGAUAGGACCGUGGCCGAAGAGCAAGAGACAAAAGGAGGUAGGACUGUAUUACCGGAUUCAUCUUCUGGAGGGCGGCAUGGAGAACUAUACGAUGGCGCUCUUCACCCGCAAUGGGUGGAGUCAGCUCGAAGUUCAGGUGCUGCUAGCGAAGGUCCGACAGGAGGUCACGAGCAACAAAAUGCACACAUACACAAAAGCGAUCUUCGUCACCGGUCAAAAGCCUCUUGAAUGA